AUGACUACUUCGGAUGCAGCUUCAGAUGUGGUCAAUCACAAUCCGACCUCUAUGCUUCAGUCACUUCCCCCCGAAGUCCUGGAGCGUGUGCUGACGUUCAGUAAUCCUCGAGAUGUCUCGCGAUUUGCACAAACCUGCCGCUUUGCGCGCAAACUUGUCUACGAGCCCAAUGAUCAGUUCCUGUGGCGCGAGCUCUAUCUCGGACGUCCAUUUGACGACCUCCGGAACGCGAUCCCCAUACCUAGAAGGCAGUCUGAUACCUCAGAACCUGAGGAGGAGUUUCCAAUGCCAGACAUCAAAGGCGUUUCGAGCCCUCCAUGGCAGCAAGAACUUCAACGGAGGACGCAGGCAGAACUCGUGGCAGCAUCGGGCACUCGUAACGCUCGCCUCCUACAGAAAGCGUACGAGGGAUUCCUUGGGGCAAUAGAGACCGCUACCCCUGCGAUACCCACUGGAGACCAAGUCGAGGAGAAACAGCCCGAGAGCAAGCCGGCCGAUAAGGAUAAUGCCACCGUCGGUGUUCGUUCGGAAAAUCUCCAUUGGGUCGACCGCAUCCUCCGCAAGACCCGAGUGCUCGACCUCGUUCCCGCAUACACAGGCGCGAUCGUGGACAUCCCGUCCCUGGAAGAGCUCGAAUCGGCUUCUACGCCUUCCGAGUCGUCUGAUCAGAAGGAAUCUACGGAUAAGCGGCCUAAUUCCACGGCCGACAAGUCUACCCAAACCGUUGGACUCGGAUCUGCGAAGGUGAACGAUGCAUACGACGCCUCGGACGUCUGCUGGAUCCCCGCGCACUUCCGCGAGGUGCACCAGAUGCGCAGCCGCCUGCGCGCAUACGUCGCGCUCUCCCACGAAAACAGUUUCGACGUCGAGAGCCGCGCGCGCAUGGGACGGCUCCGGAGCGCGAGCCGUGCGUUCGUGUACGACAUGCGCAAGUACCAGCAGCAGACGCUCUGGGGGCCGUUCCGCCUCGGGGAGGACGAGCGGACCCUGCUGGUCGACUGGGAGCACAUUGAGCAUAUUAUGAACGUCGUGAGCCUGAAGCUGCGUGAGGUGCCGCUGGCAAGCCUGGGGUAUUACAAGAAGGCUCCCUUCCACCUGGACGCGCUACGUGCGAACACGAUGAUCGACGCACACAAGCUCCCCAAGGACGACUGGGCCGGCGUGACCGGCAGGUGGCGACGCUUCGUCUGCUUCAUGGACUAUCGGGACCUCUACAUGUACAACUACAGUCUGCUCCCGCCCGGCCCACAUGACCCUUCAUUCUUCGACGAUCCUUUCGACGAGGCCCUCCGUCCUGUUGAGCUCCACCUCUCCCUCAUCUCCCGUGAAGACUACUUCCGUGAGCCCUCCCGGAUUCCCAUCGACCCUUCCGUGCUUGCGUCGUCCCCUGAAGCCAAGCUUCCAGGGAAGAGGUCGAUUGGGGACUGUGAAGAUCCCGUAUUCCCAACGCUCUAUUUCAAGGGCGUCUCUCAUGGCGCGGCGGCGACGGUCCGCGGGAAGGUCAGCGUGCUCUCCGACGGUGCUGUGAGAUGGCAAUUUGUCACGACGUAUGAUGGAAGGAUGCAGUGGAGUGCGGAAGGCGUCCAACUCGGCCAUGUUCGCAGCGCGGCAGGCAUCGCCGGAAUCUGGACCGGUGCCCACCAUGACAGAGACGAUCCUGCGGGUCCGUUCUGGAUGGUCAAGGUGAACGAUAACCUUCCUCCCGGUGUUUUGAAUGCACUAUACUAG